AGGGUAUGACUGACGAAAUAAACAAAACUUUAAGCAAAACAAAAAAUGGAUAUAGCAAGUACAAUUAAAUUUCGCGAUAUAUGCGAAAUGAUGGAGAAAGUUAAAGCGGCGCGUAAUACACAGCGCAAGGAAAUAGUGCUAAAGCGUUACUAUGAAUCCUUUUGCAAGCAUCGCCUGGCGUUUCGCCAAAGCGCCGGCCUAACGGAAAAUGAUCCGGAGGAGGGCAACAGCAGCUUUUAUGCCGUGCUGCGUUUGUUAAUACCGGGCGCUGAUACCGCUAGAGACAACUAUGGACUACAAAUAACAAAUCUGGGCAGAAUCUACACCAGCGUGCUGCAGCUGGCAGCAGAUUCUGAUGAUGCUAUACGUCUGAAGCAUCGCGCUUGGACAGCACAACGGGAUUAUGCAGAUGUGGUGCAUGCUGUGUUGUUGCCACGCUGCCACAAUGCGGCAAGUAAUCUGACCUUGCAACAGCUGCACGAAAUGCUGGACACCAUAGCCAAUGAGGAUAGUGAAGUUAAGAAACGUGAGCUUGUGCGCUUUACCGAGCUCGCCUCGGCCAAGGAACAAAAGUGGCUCAUACGCAUUUUGCUCAAGGCCAUGUCCUUGGGCAUAGGUGAGCAACGCAUCUUUGCGCUGCUGCAUCCUUUGGCCAAAGACAUGUAUCAACGCUGCACGGACUUGUCGCGCGUCUGCAAGCUGCUGGCAGACAAUAAACUUUCGGUGGACAGCACAUCAAAUGAGAGUGUGAAUCUGAAUUCGUUUAUAGAACCUUUUCAGCUGAUACGUCCGAUGUUGUGUGAACGUUUUCCUGGCAAAAUCGAGGAGCUCAUGCAGUCCGACGUGCUCUAUGUGGAAACCAAAAUGGAUGGCGAGCGCUUUCAGCUGCACUAUGCACGUGAGCGCUUCAAAUAUAUAUCACGCAAUGGCGCUGAUUAUACAAGAAGCUUCGGAGCUAGCUUUGAGGCCGGCACAUUGACGCCGCAGCUGCGUGGGCUGCUGCCCAUGGGCAUGGAGUCGAUUAUACUGGAUGGCGAAAUGAUGGUGUGGGAUACACAGCAGCUGCGCUACCGUGACAAAGGCGAGAAUACGGAUGUCAAGCAUCUGAAGCCAGAGCGCAGCUGGCGUCCAUGUUAUGUUGUCUAUGACUUGCUGUAUCUGAAUGGCCAGAGCUUGUUGGAUAUGACGUAUGCGCAGCGUAGCUAUAAGCUGCAGGAGCUGCUUAAGGAGCAGACGGGCGUGCUGCAAGUUAUGAAGAGUCGUAAGAUUGGAUCAGUGCAGCAGUUCAAUGAGGUGUUUCAACAAAUGCUCGACUCCAAUGCGGAGGGCAUUGUGCUGAAGAAACAAAAUUCUGUAUACAGUCCAGGUGUGCGCAUUGGCGGCGGCUGGUACAAGGAUAAAGCAGAUUAUAUUGAAGGCUUGAUUACGGAAUUCGAUGUGCUCAUCAUUGGCGGCUUUUACAACCGCAAACGCACCUUCAUUGAAUCCUUUCUGCUGGGCGUGCUCAAGCCUGGCAGCGAUGCCAAUCGGGCCGAGGUCUUUAGCAUUGGCUGUGUGGCCAAUAAUACGCGUCAACGCAGCGUGCUGCAUCAUGAGCUGGCGCCACAUUGGCAUGAGGCUAGCCGCGAGCCGCCGCCGCUUUGGUAUCACUAUAAGCCCAACGAAAAGGAAGGCUGUCCCGAUGUCUGGAUCAAGCCAAGCGAUUCCAUUAUAUUGCAGGUUAAAGCAGCGGAUCUGGCGCCAUAUAGCGCGUUCUUUACGCCCAAGUCCUUGCACUUUCCGCGCACACAACUCAUGCGCGACGAUAAGGUGUGGGAUGAGUGCAUGACGCUGGCGGAAUAUACGCAGCUGUGUCAGGGUCGAGCGGGCAUUAAAAAGCUGAACAAGCGUGCCGUCCAAAGCGAUGACUUCACCGUGGAGCGCAAGCGACUGAGGCCCAGUUUGGCGCAACGUGCUCGCCUUGGACUGGCAGCCUAUGAGAAGCGCUUUGAUGCGCAGACUGUCGGCAGCAGCUCGCAGCUGCUGGAGGGCUUCAGUGUUUGCAUCUUGAGCGGCUCACGUGCGCAUAGCAAGCAGCAGCUGCAGACGCUGGCCGCCGAGCAUGGCGCGCAAAUUGUGCAGAAUCCUUUGCCCAAUGAUGCCAAAUGCAUUUGCAUUGCCGGCGACAUGGUUUUUCUGGUGGAGCGUUUAAUGAAGCAGACGCCACGUUUGAAUGAUGUGCUGCGCAUGGAUUGGCUGCUGCGCAUCUGUGAGCAGCAGCAGCUGGAGCUGCGUCCCAGAGAUGUGCUGGCAGCUACGGAAGCGUUGCAGGCGCAGUUUAAACACAGCUUCGAUGCGCUGGGCGAUAGCUAUACGGACACGUUUGCCAGUGUAGAGGAACUGCAGCUGGUGCUGCGGGAUAUAAGCGACGAGCAGUUGCAGUCGGCGCACUUUGAGCCAGCAGAGCUGCUGGACCUCAAGCAGCAGCUGAGUGGCGACUGACAGAUGAGGUGGCCUCACUCAAUGUAGUAUUUGUUGAUAUCCGGCAGUUGGAGUUGCCUGCUUUGAUCAGACUUUUGGACUCCAUUUGGUUGCGUAGAUCCCACGAUGCUAGCUGUGCUCGUAUCUCUGCAGUUUUGUUAAAGUUUAAUAAUAAUGUAUUAGAACAA